AUGGUUCGCCGCGUCGCGGCCAGCCUCGAGCACCUAUUGUAUUCGCGCGAUGAUGAAGGCACUUGUCCCCCUCAGUUCGCUACGAACGGCAAGAAUCCAUGCGAGGUCGCCAACUCCAUCAUCGGGCCUCAAUGCAACCAGGAUGUCAAUACGCUGCUGAAUGCACCAACUGUAAACCCGAGCACAAUCUGUACAUGUAACACGGUCGUGUACAAUCUUGCGAGCGCGUGCGCGUAUUGCGACGGCAGCAAUACCACGAAUGCGGCAACACGCUUACUGCCUUUCCCGGCCUGGACCACGAAUUGCAGCAAGUCGCAACGGGAGUACAAGACGUAUAAUGGCUCGAACACACUUUUUGGCGUGCCAGGAUGGGCGUACAACAACAUCACGAGCGAGGGUCGGUUUGAUGUCCGAGCUGUGCUUGACGGGGACGAUGGCUGGUCGGCUGUACAGAUAUUGGUACCUGUCAUCGUCGGCCUGGCACUGCUCAUCGCCUUUGCGGGGUUUUGGCUGUGGCGGAUUCGUCGUCGCAAGCGCAUGCGCGAAUUGCCAGUUCCAACAGGUAUCGCCAUGUCUUCGUGGUGGUGUUGUGCGCGGCCGCGACGCGUGAGGCGUCGGCGGCAUGUCAAGGGCGAGUGGUCCGUCGAUGCAGACGAUGAACCCGACGUCUUCACUCCUCCAGCUGCACCGCAUACGCCGAAGCCCGAUUCUCCCGCACCCUCGACUCGCUCGCGGCCACGCGUACAGCGACGCCUUCCGCGUCGUGUUGGAACGCUCCUGCAGCAUAUACAGCUGUCACUGGGAAGACCCGUUGCGGUCCUUGAGCGCAAAGGGAGUGGACGCGGAGAGUACGACAUCGACGCGGAAGAGGACGAGAUGCGCGCUGCGAUAGCCAUGACCAUGGCCAUGGACAAACCGCUUCCACAGUCACCAGAACCAUCCGCGCCGAGGUCCAACCAUACGGGUGCCGUAUCCAUGGGCGUUCUGGGACUGUUGAGCCGCCUGGGCUUGAGUACGGCGGCAAGCAGUAGCAGCGGAGGUGGUGGUGGAGACGGAGGAGGCUCGUACACGGGUGUCAACGUGGAGGAUGAGGAUGACGACAGAGUGGAGGUCGACGUCCGAAUUGCGAGUGAAGCAGGCAACAGGAGACAGGGCGGCGCGCAGGAGAGUGCGGAAGCAGGGCUAUCGCGACUGGGGCCGGCGCGCUCGGCGGCAUCGGAUGGCGCUGAGUCUGACAACCGGGCGACUACCGGUCACAAUGGGCAACCUCCUCCAUCGCCUUCGCUAUUCACCCGUGUUGCAGCCGCCGUCUCGUCGAGGUCAGCAGGCCCCAGCCGCAAUCGAUCCAUGCGCAGUCUGGCGGACCAAGGUGCUCGUCCGGGAUUGAGCGACAAUGUGCCUCCAGUCCCGCCGUUGACGACGGACAUGGUGGACGAUGACGAGAAUCGCCCAAUCGAGUCGGCCGUGUCCGUCGCUGACAACUCGCCUGCCACGUCGUAUGAUCCCGCCCCCUUGCCAUGGGCGGUAAGGGUGAACACCUCGGUUCCCAUGCUGGAUGGUUUAGGUACCGGUGAAAGUGGAUUUCUUGUGCCUAUGGACAGUCCUGCAAGUGGUAUAACAAGGGCGGAUAAUGGGAGCGUCGUCCUGAUAUCGGGUACCGGUCGGGACUUCUCCCUUGGGCCAAGCUCGGAGGGUGCUGGUGGUGCCAGCGCAAGUGCAUGCGACAGCGGCUCGCGUAGUGUUCGCACCAACACUACAAAUACUGGAACGAGCGGCUCCAAUUCGCGCGAUAGGCAGAGUCUGGCUGUCUAUCCUCCAACGCCUUCUGACGAGGCGCGCCGCUUCUCCAACUUCGGGACUCCGUCAGCACGAGAUUCCAUUCCUCAUGUCAUGCUGCUCCCACCAGCGCUUGGUGGUCCUCCAUCCGCAUGGGUUCGCGGGCCAAAUGGUAGACCAGUGCCGCGACGCGCGCGUCCUCGCACAGUCUCCAACAACUCCUCUGUCAAUGCGUCCCGCAGCCACUCAGACGAAGACUUCAUGGAGCUGCCGCCUGUACCGACCAUUCCUGCAGUUUCAACAUCACAGUCAAGAUCGGCGACAACUUCGUCAAGUUUGCGGGUUGAACCCCAGACUCCGCAGACGGCUACGGAAUCCAGCAACUCGCACUCGCUGCCUCACGCUUCGGGAUCAAGUGUCGUUGGUGGUCUGCCUACCCCGUGGCAGUCACCCGUGGCAAGUCCGCGAGGAUUCGAUAGUCCCACUGGGCGCGCUGACACCGACUUCUCCGAUGUUGGGGAGAACUUCACUUUCGCCUCUCCGCUGCCAAGUACCAUCACGGCGCUAUUCAACAGUCUUUCGGAUGGCGGUAACCCUCAAUCGCGACGACAACCUCCUUCCCAGUCUCUCCUUCUCGAUGACACCUCCCUUGCAUCGUCCUCAUUCUCCUCGGCAAUACCGAAUCUCCAUUCGGCUCCCUUGUCUGGCAGACCAAGCCUUCCGCCUAUCUCAGAGGCGCCCAUCUCGCCAUUGUCAGAGGCUCUUCCGACCGGCACGACAAGUUUGUUCACCAACACAACGCAGCUCCAUGUCCCACCGAAUUCGUCUUUCCUACCGCCUCCCGUACCCUCGCCAUCAACGCUCAACUCGAUAUCGCAUGGGUCGGCAACAGGCACCACGGCAUCGAAAUCACGCAGCAGCGGCACCGAUGUCAGCGCUUUUACGAAUGGGUCAUCGCUACUACUUGCUCCUCCAAACACCGCUGCCGCGCCAUCCCCCGAAGUAGAGGCAACGGUUACUCGGCCUGGUCAAUCUACGUCGGAUGUCAGCCUGCUUGAGCCCCAAUGGCACUCAGACGUCGCAACGUACGAGCCGCCGUCAACGAAGAGCCACCAGGUCUCGCUACACCGCGAUCCCUCGCCCUCGUCUUUCUCUGUUCAGGCUCAGAAGCAGCCCAACAACGAGUCGAAGACAUCACUACCUCAAGCUCCUCCGCUGGCCAAACAGCCGUCUCAUUCCCCCUCUUCUUCCAUAUCUUCACUGCACUCGUUGCAAUCGCCUGAGCGCCCUGGGCCUUUAGGCCCGCGCGCUCACACACAUCCAGGUUCGAUAUCGUCAAAGACGUCCCACGGGCGCGCCGCAUCAGCUUCCCAGUCGUCCCUGCCGCGACUACCAGAUUCUCCAGCGCCAUCAAUGCAUGGGCGCUCCAUCUCCACCUCUUACUUAUCGCCAACCACCUACCCACCUGCGUCACACAAUUCACCAUCCAUGACCGCACGUUCUCCAUACACGCCCUCGCAGCUCUCCGUCGCAGGAUCGAGCACGUCUUUGUAUUCUCCCCAGGCGCCAAGUUCGGCGCUUGCGUACUCACCGGCACAGUCCAGCAUUUCGCUAUCAUCGCGUCCUUUGCCCGUACCUGGUCAAGCCACCAAUCCAAAUCUGCCACCUGGCGCCAGUCCUGCGCGAAUACCAGGCGAAGGGCUCGGCACUCGUCCGCUACCGCCUGGGCCCGCCAUCUCGCGCGUUCCAUCUGGCUCACGCGGGGCGCAUCCUGGAUACGGUCAAUUCGGCCAGCGAUACAGCACUGUCGCCGAGGAGCCUUGA